ACUACCAGAAUUAUAUCAAAAGAAAGUGAACAAGAUAGUAGACCAGAAAACAAAUUUAAGAAUAUAAUCUCUGAAGUUAAUGAUAUUGAUAUACUAAUAGAAGAUCUUUUAGUUGAGAAUAAUCUUAAAGUUCAAGAGUUAAUAAAUGAAGGUAUCAUAGAAAUGAUAAAUUAUGAAUUUGAUGAAGAUAAAGAAGAAGCUAAAAAUAACAAUGAUGAAAAUCCUCUUCUUCUUUCUAUAACUAUUACUGAAACCAUAGAAGCCUUGAAAAAAGUUAUUCGAUAUCAAGAAA